UCUCACGUGACCGGGAUGGCGCGGGGGUGUCGGGGGAUCCCCGCUGUGCUGGUGCUGUGUGCGGCCGCCUGGAGCUGUGCCGCGGGGCUGGCGCUGAAGCUGGAGCGGGACCAGCCGUUUCGCGUGCCCCCUGGUUGGGCCCACGCCGGCCGCGUGGACCCCGGACAGCCGGUGCAGCUGACCUUCGCCCUGCGGCAACGUGGCAUCGCCCACCUCGCCCGCCUCGUCGAGGCCGUCUCGGACCCCCAGUCCCCCCAAUACGGGCAAUACCUGUCCCUGGAGCAGGUCCGGGACUUGGUGCAGCCAUCCCCAGUCACGCUGAUGACAGUGCUGAAGUGGCUGCAAAGCCAUGGAGUGGAGGACUGCCAGAGUGUCACCACCCUUGACUUCCUGGAGUGUCAGCUGCCUGCGAGCAUGGCUGAGCUCCUGCUCCCCGGGGCCGAGUUCCACCGGUACGUGCAGGGCCAGCGCAGCCUGGUGCGGUCCCCACUGCCCUACGCUGUUCCCGCGGAGCUGGCGGAGCACCUGGACUUUGUGGGUGGGAUGCAUCGGUUCCCCGUGGAGCGCAUGGUCAACAGAACCGAGACCAGGAAGCACGUGGGGUCGGCGGGAGCAUUGUUCCACCUGGGUGUGACACCGGCCGUCCUGCGCCAGAGAUACAACAUGACAGGGGGGGACGUGGGGCUCCUGCACAACAACAGCCAGGCUUGUGCACAGUUCCUGGAGCAGUACUUCCACCAGGCUGACCUGGCUGAGUUCAUGCAGCUCUUUGGCAGCAGCUUCGCCCACCGCACACAAGUGGACCGCGUGGUGGGGCGCCAGGGCCAUGGCAAGGCCGGGCUGGAGGCCAGCCUGGAUGUGGAGUACAUCAUGAGCACGGGUGCCAACGUCUCCACCUGGGUCUUCAGCAAUGCAGGACGGCACGAGAGCCAGGAGCCUUUCCUGGCCUGGCUGCUGCUGCUCAGCAACAUGUCAACGGUGCCGUGGGUGCACUCGGUCAGCUACGGGGACGACGAGGACAGCCUGUCCCUCGCCUACAUGGAGCGCGUCAACGCUGAAUUCAUGAAGGCGGCAGCGCGUGGCCUCACCAUCCUGUUCGCCUCAGGUGAUGACGGCGCUGGGUGCCGGCGGGUGCACAGUGGGAACCACACGUUCCGGCCCAGCUUCCCGGCCUCCAGCCCCUAUAUCACCACUGUGGGCGGCACGUCCUUCAAGAACCCGUUUCUGGUGACGGAGGAGGUGACAGAUUACAUCAGUGGGGGCGGCUUCAGCAACAUCUUUCCCAUGCCUGGGUAUCAGGCUGCUGCCGUCGGGCGUUUCCUGCGCUCGGCCUCGAAGCUACCGCCCAGCUCAUACUACAACAGCAGUGGCCGCGCAUACCCCGACCUGGCCGCGCUCUCUGACAACUACUGGGUGGUGACGAACCGCAUCCCGCUGCCCUGGGUGUCGGGGACCUCGGCAUCCACACCGGUGGUGGCGGGCAUGGUGGCACUGAUCAAUGACCGGCGACUGCAGCGGGGGCUGCCACCCCUUGGCUUCCUCAACCCCGCACUCUACCAGCUGCAGGAGCGGGGCCUCAGCACUGCCUUCUAUGAUGUCACCCAGGGCUGCCACUUGUCCUGCCUGGAUGGCACUGUGCAGGGCCAGGGCUUCUGUGCCGGCCCCGCCUGGGACCCUGUCACCGGCUGGGGCACCCCCAACUUCCCGAGCCUGCUGCGGGCCCUGCUGCUGCACUGACCGGGACACUGUGACUGGGACAGGGGGACUGGGACACGGGGAUUGAGACACUGG